CUUUGUUUUCUCAACCAAAAAAUUCAUUGACCACCAUCCAAACUAAAUCCUAAUCAUCGUCAAAUUCAAUCUUGAACAACAUGGCAGUCAUCCUCUCGCAGAUCAUUCCACUCCUCCUUCUCAUCGCUCAAUCACUUGUAUCUGCCCUCCCAGACGUCACGGCCAUUAACCUAGGCUCAAAUGAUUGUACCCAAUAUCCCCACUACAUCGGCGGCCCCGACAACCAUCGCGACAUGACCGAACCUUUCGUCUUCGUCCCAGAUCAAGCAGACAACAGCGCCAUCAAUGGCCUCCGAACUAUCAUGAUGCCUUCCAGUAGCUUAACUAUCAGCACCAUCCCUGACGUGGCAAUCAACCUCUUCGCAUGCACCAAUGGCAGUGUCACUGAUUGGGGUGGAUCGCAGAGUAAUGGAGAGGUUUUCUUAUUUUCAACAGAUCCCGAAGAUGAGGAAUUAGCAUAUGCGGCACAGGGAUUCAAGCCAGAGCCGUAUGCACAUGAAGUUGCGGGCGUGAGACAGGAUGGAGUGUUUCUGGGGGCGCAGAAUACCACGACUUGGGCUUUCAAAUUCUUGCCGUCAACCGGGCUGGCGGGAAGUCGGGAUCAUUAUCAGGUGAGGUUGUUGGGGCCGAAGAGUUCGGGGUUGGUGACGGGGGUGGUGGGAGGAUUUGUGAAGAUCGUGAGCUAUUGAAAUACAGCGAGAUUUGUAGUUGUGGAAUUAGG